AUGCCCCAACCAGGUAUGUUCUCUCGCGCCGAUGGCACCAACAUCCCCGAGGUCGAUGUGACGGAAUACGUCCACUGGGUUACGGUAGAUUUCACUAAAUUUGGCGGACGAUCCAAGCCCCACAGCGGCGAGCGGAUGAUGCGUCUUAUGGCCGAGCAGUGCCGGUCUGGAGUCGCCACUAUUACCACUAUGCCUCUACAUCAUACUCAGCCGUGCUGUCUCUCGUUACCUGUCGUGGGAGACGCCGAUCUCGUACGUGUUCAUAUUAUGUGGCGUGCAGCUGAGAUUGCUGACUGGCAUUGGGAGGAGAUUAUGGCCGGUAAGGAGACCAUUGAUACUAAGCGUAUUCUGGGUGAUACUCCAUGGUGGUCUGUUGAUGAAGUGGAAGUGAACGGGGCCUAG